CGACGAUAUAAAUAAUAUGCCAUCGCAUACACUGGUGGACAACGUGUACUUAUUCGGAGUAUUGACAGCAUUUGUGUCCGUAAUAUUGAUGUCCAUAUCAAUGAUAAUCAUUAGGAAAGUUAAAGACACUAAUUAUGCAAUCCUCACAUUUUACUUCGCAUGGGUUGCCUUAUUGGAAACUGGUUUACUAACGGCGCUACUCAACGACUACACCCUUCCCACCACUUCUACCGAAUGGAUAUCGAUGGCAGGGAUGGCUAUAUUCGCGGCCAUCAGUCGAUUCUGUCUGAUAAUAGCCCUCCAGAAAGAGGACGCCCUU